UGGGCGUGGGCCCAGGGGGCUGUCAUGUCUGUUCAGUUCACGGGGCCUCGCGUGCUUUCGCUGCCCCGACGGUCGAUGCUGACCCACCCUGUCUCCUCCAGGACGCGGCCGCCUCCCCAGCUGUGAGCCGCAGCCUCGCCCGUGAAGACGGGCCCACCAUGUUCUAUGGGACCCACUUCAUCAUGUCUCCGCCCGCCAAGAGCAAGCUGAAGCGGCAGGGCCAGCUGCUGUCCAGCGUGCUGUCCCGCACGCUGAGCUACAAGUACCGCGACCUGGACGCCACCUUCGCCGACCUGGGUGCCAGCGACGACCCGGCGGAGCUCUCCACUCGGCUCUCAGCCCCCGGGGUCCUCAAGGUGUUCGGGGACAGCGUGUGCACGGGCGCCCACUACAAGAGCGUGCUGGCCACCUGCCGGUCCAGCGCCCAGGAGCUGGUGCGGGAGGCCCUGGAGCGCUACUCCCUGAGCCCCGACGGCGCCGGCCAGUACGUGCUGUGCGACGUGGUGGGCCAGGCCGGCGACUCGGAGCGGCCGUGGCAGGCGGAAUGCGUCCGGGUGUUCGGGGACAACGAGAAGCCCCUCCUGAUCCAGGAGCUGUGGAAGCCCCGAGAAGGCUUGUCCCGGAGGUUUGAGCUGAGGAGGAGGGCAGACGUGGAAGAGCUGGCGGCCAAGGACGUUGACACUGUGACGGCAGGUGAGCAGCUCCGGGAGGAGACUCGCCGGCGGGGCUGGUCAGGGCAGGUGGAGGCCGAGGGGCGGCAGACCACAGCUCGCCUGUGCGCAGGGCCUGCGGUGGGCUGUGUGGCUGCAGUCGGCCACGGAGGUCGCGGUGGCGGGGAACGUGGCGUGGCCGGGCCAGCGCUAGAGAAGAUGCCGUUUCCGGCGACAACCCCGGGAUCACAGCAGACCCCGCUGCCACCCAAGUUUUAUGGCAUCUCCUCCCCCAUCAGCUUAGCCGCCCCCAAGGAGACAGACUGCGUACUGACCCAGAAAUUAAUUGAAACCCUGAAGCCCUUUGGGGUUUUGGAAGAGGAAGAGGAACUGCAGCGCAGGAUUUUAAUUUUGGAAAAAUUAAAUAAUCUGGUAAAGGAAUGGAUACGAGAGAUCAGUGAAAGCAAAAGUCUCCCACCCGCUGUGAUUGAGAACGUCGGUGGCAAAAUCUUUACGUUCGGCUCCUACCGGCUAGGGGUGCACACCAAGGGCGCCGACAUCGACGCGCUGUGCGUCGCGCCGAGGCACGUGGACCGCAGCGACUUCUUCACUUCCUUCUACGCCAAGUUGAAACUACACGAGGAAGUCAAGGACUUAAGGGCAGUGGAGGAGGCGUUUGUCCCCGUUAUCCGACUGUGUUUUGAUGGGAUAGAGAUUGAUAUUUUGUUUGCAAGAUUAGCACUGCAGACUAUUCCAGAAGACUUGGACCUAAGAGAUGACAGUCUGCUUAAAAAUUUAGAUAUUAGAUGCAUAAGAAGCCUUAAUGGUUGCCGGGUAACCGAUGAAAUCUUACAUCUAGUACCGAACAUUGACAACUUCCGGUUAACUCUCAGAGCUAUCAAGCUGUGGGCCAAAUGCCACAACAUCUACUCCAAUAUAUUAGGGUUCCUGGGAGGCGUUUCCUGGGCCAUGCUCGUAGCAAGAACCUGCCAGCUGUAUCCAAACGCAGUGGCAUCAACUCUUGUACGUAAAUUUUUCUUAGUGUUUUCUGAAUGGGAGUGGCCAAAUCCAGUGCUACUGAAAGAGCCUGAAGAACAAAACCUUAAUCUGCCCGUAUGGGACCCAAGAGUAAACCCCAGUGACAGGUACCACCUGAUGCCUAUCAUCACACCGGCAUACCCACAGCAGAACUCCACCUACAACGUGUCUGUGUCCACAAGGAUGGUCAUGAUCGAGGAGUUUAAACAAGGCCUUGCUAUCACACAUGAGAUCUUGCUGAGUAAGGCAGAGUGGUCCAAACUGUUUGAAGCUCCAAGCUUCUUUCAAAAGUAUAAGCAUUAUAUUGUACUUCUAGCAAGUGCACCAACAGAAAAGCAGCGUCUAGAAUGGGUGGGCUUGGUGGAAUCAAAAAUCCGCAUCCUGGUGGGCAGCUUGGAGAAGAAUGAAUUCAUUACACUGGCUCAUGUGAAUCCUCAGUCAUUUCCAGCACCCAAAGAAAAUCCUGACAAGGAAGAAUUUUGCACAAUGUGCGUCCAGCACUCCGCCACCCGCCUCCAGCCUGGCUCCUUCGGGCAGCUCCUGCUCAAGAUCGCCAAGGCGAUCCGCGAGACCGUCUGGGAGAAAACCAAGGAGCUGGCGGAGAAGCAGGCGCCCCUCCAGGAGCCCGUGACGGCGGCCGGCUCCUGCCUGGCCGGGCUGCUGCCCGAGCUGCGGCACGUGCUGCUGUGGAUGGCCAACGCCGUGGAGCUCCUGUACUUCGUGCAGCAGCAGGGCCCCGUGUACAUGCAGGGCCUGGAGCAGGGGCCCGACGCCACAGGCUCCACGGAGUCCGUGUUCUCCUGCGCGCUCUCGGCCAGCGAGGAGGCCAUGGCGGAGCUGGAGGAGGUGAUCCUGUACGCCUUCCAGCAGUGCGUGUACUACGUCUCCAAGGCCCUGUACGUCUGCCUCCCGGCCCUGCUGGAGUGCCCCCCUUUCCAGACGGAGCCCCGGGAGAGCUGGUGCCAGGCCCCCCAGCUGCCCGAGGAGCUGCGCCGCGUCGUGUCCAUCUACCAGGCCGCGCUGGACCUCCUGCGGCAGGCCCAGGUGCACCCCGAGAUUGUGUCCCAGGUGCUGGCCUACCUCUUCUUCUUCUCCAGCACCCUGCUCUUCAACCAGCUCCUGGACAAGGGCCCCUCUCUGAGUUGCUUCCACUGGCCCCGGGGCGUGCAGGCCUGUGCCCGCCUGCAGCAGCUCCUGGACUGGACCAGGGGCGCGGGCUUCGGGGAGGCCGGGGAGCACUUCUUCCGGAAGCUGUCCUGCACCCUCAACCUGCUGGCCACUCCCCGCGCCCAGCUCAUCCAGAUGAGCUGGGAAAGCCUGCAGGCCGCAUUCCCUGCCCUGAGCCCCGCGCAGCUGCACCGGCUCCUGACUCAGUACCAGCUGGCCUCGGCCAUGGGCCCCAUGAGCGUCUGGGAGCCGGGCGCCCAGGACCGCCCCGAGGCCUUCGACUCAGAGGACGUGCUGGAGUCCUACGAGAACCCCCCGCCCAUCGUCCUGCCCAGCGAGGGCUUCCAGGUGGACCUGGAGGCGGACUGCCCGGACGACAGCAUCUACCAGCACCUGCUCUACCUGCGCCACUUCCUGUGGGGCCUGCGGAGCAAGCCCGGCGCCCGCGGGGGCGCCCAGCCCCAGGUCCCCGAG